GUCUUUGAUAGACCAAAACUCGGAUACUUGGAUAAUUGAACAAUUGUCACCAACAAUCGCAGAACAGAUAGAUGAAUUAAAAAACAAAUAUCAAUGGACAGAUUUAAUGAAUUAUUUAGUUGGAGAAAUAUAUAAGCAAGGAAUAACUAAACAACAAUUUAACCAAGCAUUUGCGGCAAUUCCGUUCAAGCCGGAAAUGAUUGAAGCGCUUAGAAUGAUUAAAAACGCUAAUGGCGACAUAAUAAUCCUUUCAGAUGCUAACACGGUGUAUAUUGAGGAGAUAUUAAAGGCAUAUAAAGUCAACGAUCUAAUAUCUAACGUCAUCAGUAAUCCUGCUACAUGGGAUGAAGAUGGUAGAUUACAUAUUCGAAGAUUAAAUAAUAUUCCUCAUGGAUGUGAAAAUCCAUGUUCAGAAAAUAUUUGUAAAGGUCAUGAACUUAUUAAGUUUUUAUCAGCACAUCCGAAUGAAUAUUGUCAAAUUAUCUACGUUGGGGAUUCUUCUAAUGAUUUUUGUCCUGCAACCAAAAUGUCUAGUAAUGAUAUCCUCUUGGCUCGUGAAGGGUUCAAGCUUUCAAAUUUUUUAAAUGAUACUUUACCGACUUUGCAUAAGUAUAAAAAUACGGACAGACGAAUCAGGCCGCGAGUUAUUUACUGGAAAGAUGCCAGAAAAAUACUUGAAUUUAUUAAUGAUAUUUUUGGAAAUCAAAAUAAAUAG